AUGCCUUCUGUUCAGAACCCGCCGCCGUUGCUGCCGCCUCCACCGCCGCACCCCUCCCACUGGCCUUCUCCUCAGCCGUUGUCACAAACGCAGCAACCCGUAUCUGAGCCCGGCCGUAUCAUCUUCACGAGACAGCUGUGGCAGCGCACCAUGCCAGACGGUAAUCAGACUGAAUCGAGUGUCUUGACCAGGUCUCACACCCAGGACCCUCCCGUCGGCCAUAUCAUCACCGCGGGUCCCGAUCGCAGGACUUCUUCCGCGUCGUCUCGAUCCCACAGACUUUCGCCGACUCCUUCUCACGAUUCGACCAACACUCCAUUGACGCCCGAAGAGAGUCCUCCUUUCCGGACAACAAGGAAACGAACGACUGGCAUUGUUGAGCAGGAAGACAAAGAUCUUGACAGCAACGAAGGCACACCGGCGCAUAGCAGAGCGAAUAGCGGCGACAGUAUACACGUGUGCAUCUGCCAACCGGAUCCCAAGAUUCCAAGGCCGCGCAACGCAUUCAUACUAUAUCGUCAGCACUAUCAAGCCCAAGUCGUUUCGGAACAUCAAGGCCUUGCGAAUCCAGAAAUCUCCAAGAUCAUCGGAUUGCGGUGGCAGAACGAGACUCCCGAAACCAAGAGCAAGUGGAAAGCGCUUGCGGAGGAAGAGAAGCUUCGCCAUCAAGCACAGUAUCCCACUUACCGCUACCAACCGAAACGCAGCGGCCGACGCACCAGUCUUUCUGGAGACACGCCCACUUCCGCAAUCGAGAAGGCCAAGUGCACAAAGUGUGGAGGCAAGACCAUUCUCGCGCCAUCAACACCAUACACGCACUUCCAAAGCUACGGCUCAAGUCCUUCAGGCUCGCACACACCAGCAUCCGCCAACACGCCCGUCAGUCGGACACUUCCUGUGUUGCGAGACCUCAGUUUACAGUCGCCGGCUCUUCGUCGAUCUCUUGCCAAACAAUAUCCCAGCGGAAUCAUGUCACCAGGCCGCCAUCCGGACGAUCACGAUGAUCUGGGACCUCUCAGCCCGGAUACCAAGCGUCGUCGAUUCAACGGUGAUCCGCCGUCCCACUUUAACCGCUCGAUACCGCAGCGAUAUGUCACCGUACCGCAACAUGGGCCUCAACCGGUGGGCCCUGGAACACCAUUCCCGUUCGGACAGAAUCCUCCACACCCAUACCCUGCCGGCGCGAAUGGUCACCAUCUCCGUCGCGAGAGUCUUCCUGGCCUGCAAGGAAUGAUGAAUAGCCCAGGCCCCAUGCCCCCGCCACCGAGACCGGUCAUGGGCUACCAACAACAUCGGCUGUCGCAAGGCGGUCCACCACACGAUCGUUCUCUGACUCUGCCACCGCUGAAGACAGGAGGCCCGCCGGGUCCCCCUGGACCAAGUACUGCCAGCACUCCAAGCACCGGCAAGUCUGUUACUGACCAGAUCAUGAGCAUGGAAUUCUGGCACAAAGUCAAGGUUCUCAGCCAAGUAGCGCCUCCAGUUCCAGUACAACCAUCAGCUCCACGAGGACCGCUGCUUGUCAUUGAAGGUGAUAACCCGGAUGCUGUGAGGAAGCUCGGCGCAUGGUUGAGCAAGACUCUAAGCAAAAGCGACGACCUGAAUGUGACGCUUGUAGAUGGCCCUGCUGUCGUCGUGGAGGCCGGCAAGCAGAAAAUCAUGUCGCGUUAUCAUCGUCUUACAGCCGACUGGCUUGAUAAGAGUGGUGAAAUUCUGGAGUCCUUGUCGAUGAAGCCCGCGUCGUCCGGCGUCGACUCUGUCAUGGCUGAUGCGACACCGACGCAGGCGUCGAAAACCCCCAGUAGAGCCAUCGACGAGAAGUACGACGAGAGCGACGACUCACCAAAGCCAGUCACGAGAUCGUCCGCAGACAGCGGCAAAUCUCAGGAAGCUGGGCGCGUGGACUCGGCGGCUUCGUCCAACACGGAUGUCGGCAGCGGUUCCAAAUCGUCCUCCAUUUCUGGCAAAGAGAUGAGCAGCGCAGCAGCUUCGACCAAGCCGGUCAGCCUCAUCGCCAACUAUUCUCUCUUCGCGAGCAACUUCUUCGCUUGCCACAUUCCCAUCACCGCGCAUGAUCCAUACUCGCCGCUCGACCACUGGACGUGGACGGCCACUCAGUGGCGCGGUAUUGUCAGUCCCGAUCUCACCAUCUAUGUUCGUGACAGUGUCAGCGGAUCCGAAAGCGGCAAGGCCAGCGUGGACAUCAUGGCGGAUGGCAACCUGUUCUCGGUCAAGCGCACCAAGAUCGAGGGCAAAGAGGAGCUGGAGAUUGAGCCGUCUGUUUUGAGGAGGCUGGGAUUUGAGGUCAGCGAGUGGGUGCGAGCUUUUGGGAAUGGAGCGGAAUAG